CCAAGCGGUUUCCCUGCCGAAUGUGGCCAUUUAAAUUUCCCUCAAAGUGUAUUGAUGAAAGAGUUGUACGCAAUAACAAUAAUCUUCGCAGAUGUUCGUCACAAUAAUAUCACUUCUUGAGAAAAUUGUAAUUAUCAACGUUUGUUUUUUCAACACAGAUUUUUUACUGCGAUAUGAAGUAAAAUUGUUGCAAAGAAUAAAAGAUAAAGGUUAAAAUAACCUUCAAAAAUGGCUAAUGAAAACUCACAAUGUAGUGGCGACAUACCUAUAACAUCGUCGAAUAAUAUACUUGGGAAUAUUGUGGAGAGAAAGUUUAAUGAAAGAUACAAGUUCGACAGCAAUCGCGUUUCUACUGUAGAACAUGAACUUGGAUUCCCUAAGGUUUUUAAAUUGGACGAUAUCCAACUUACGAAAAAAAAUACCAGUAGCAAACGAAGUUUAUUUCGACAACAUCUUUCAACGCUGAAAUCUGUGAAAGAUGACGUAGCGAAAGUUCAAAAAAAUGAAUCUUUGCAUCAUAAUGAGGAAGAAGAAAGUUUUGUAGCAAAGGAUCAAUUGGCUAUUGAGAUUCAUCAAGAAAACUUGGCUAAGCUGACUGAAAUGGGUGAAGUAGAAAUAUUAAAAGAAAAAAAGAUACUUGAGGAUAUGCUAGAUCCUAAAUUAAUACAAUUUUUUAAAAAUAGAAAAAAAUAUGGAAAAAGAUCAAUUGAAAAAAGUAUGCAAGAAACUAUGUUACCUGCAAAUAGAGCAAUAACUGAUGCAGAAGUAUCCAUUGAUAAGAAGCUGAAACUUUUCACAAAUGAUAAUGAUACAGUAAAUGUUUCAAUCACAAAAGAAACAGCAAUGGAUGUAGAAGUAUCUAAUGAUAAAAAAAUGAAACUUUCUUUGAAAGAGAAUGAUAUAAACAUGGACUAUGAGAAUGACGCAGUCAACAUACCGAAGUUAUCCAAAGAAAUAUUAGAAGCGAGCAAACAAAAAGGAUGGCUGCACAUGGAUACACCUGAACCAGAAAAGUUGAAAUGGAUGGAAGAUUUGAUGGAGGAAAAAAAAAACGAACCUACAACAAAUGAAGAAUACAAUGCAAGAUUUGAUUUUAAUGGUCUCUUAUUGCCAUAUAAAGAUGAAAGCUUAACCUCAGACAAGGGACUUCAUCAUCAUGGGGAGGAACCUGAACGUCCUGGAUAUUCCCUUCAAGAGUUGUUGCAGCUAAGCAGAUCUUCUAUUCAACAACAACGAUGUAAAGCCCUUACCACUCUAGCUAAUAUUAUGGAGAAGACACAUGAAGGCAUAUAUGAUAAAGUUCUGCAUCCUUCACCAUUGACCGCAUUGAGUCAAAAGAAUAUUCUAUUGUUAUUGAGGUUUUCAUUGGACGACACCUCUGUAGCUGUAGUUACAGCGACUUUACAGGCGCUAAAAGCUUUUUUGGUCAGUGAGGCAGAUGAGAUAUGUCUAGAUAGACUACAUGGAUUUAAUGGAUAUACGGAACCAAGCUUGAUGCCUCAACUCGAAGAUAAGGACACGAGUAGCUUAAAGGAUCACGAGUUGGCACAGUUGGAUGCAGUAGCUGCACUACUGAGAUCCGAUUUCCUGUUGCGAAUUAGAUACAUCCUAAAUGAAGUGCAUCCACCACCUGUUGGAGUAACAUGUGCCUUAGAGAUACUCAUUCGCCUUGCGAGACACUCGCACACAACGGCAUUGAAUAUAUCACUCACGCCGUAUUUAUUAGAUAUUAUCAUCCAAAAUUUUAUGCCACUGUCUAUAGACCAAUUAGCAAUGCAGGGGGCAAUAAAUAACGUUUACGGAAUCCCCGUAGUUCAAGCAAUUAAACUGUGUCGUGUGCUUGUCACAUAUGGUAAAAAACCCAUUGCACAGAAAUUGAAUCACUUCAAAGUUAUCCACAGUAUCUUAACAUAUAUUAAUAGCGAGACAGGGAAAGACGACUUGCAUCUCAGCAUCGAGAGUCUGCGACUCUGGCGCAUGUUAUUACACUACGAAGUAGGACUGGAGAGUAUCGCGGGAACUCUCAUAUCACAAUUACAACUAUUAUUGUGUAAUCACGAUAUUCAAAGCACGUCCAAAAACGAAUUGGCUUGCGAACGCGCUGCAGCAUUAAUUGCCGUAGCGAGUCAUGAAAAAAGCUUACGAUCAAAUAUAUCCACAUUGUUAAAGAAAUGGAAUACUCAAUUCUCAUCAGUAACUAAUGCAACAUGGGGCGUUAUGAAAUUAAUCGCGAAAACUUUAUCUGCUGUUAAUGAAUCCGUAAACAACGAAAUAGCAUGGUUAUUUAACGAGCACAUUUUCUCCAGACUUCGUUCUAGUUCGAAUUUAUUGAGCAAUUGCAACCCGGCAACGGAUCGAGAACCGUCUUGUCUACCAAGUUUAGACGUUCACACGGAAAAUGGAGAACCGCAGCCAAUCGUGUCGGUAAAUUCGUGCAUACCGUUCUUCGCGUCAGUGUUGAAAACAUUUCACAACCAAUCUUGCUUAGCGGAAAUUCGUGCAAUACUCGGACACCCCAAUUUUUUCAAAUAUAUACGAGACUUGGAAAAAUUUGAUUGGAGUUUCGAAAGAUCAUGGUAUAGCCGAACGGAAUUAUGUCUUUUGACAACAGUAGUAAAAGCGGCAUCACUCUUGAAAGAUACAAUCAGUAAAGAGACAAUGCAAAUUAUAUGGAAAAUUGCCAUCAAACUCGUGUCGACUUUACCCGCGGACGCGACAGAUCAUGUGAGGGAGCUUCUCAAGAUUGCGUUGUUUAACGAAAAAAUUAAUUUGGAAAUAAUUGUCAAUGAAUUUGCCACAUUAGAUUUGGCUGCAUCAGCUACGACGGAUCAAAUUAAGAUAGAUUUAUGCUCCGAUGCAGCAUCGCUAUACGAGAGAUACAUCGUUCCAAACGAUGAUUGGAAUCAGGCGGCGAUGCCAAAAGAUUGGCUCUUCUUACCACUCGUUCACCUGUACAACAAAUAUAAAAGCGAUAUUAGAUUUCAGCCGGAAGAUAAAAACAGCAUUCUGACAGUGCUGAGCUUGGCGUUGAUCUUACCCGAUCUUACGAGAAGGCUGUCACUUACUUUGCGAUUCAGUAGAUUGAUACUAGUAUAUCUUUGUGACUCGGUAUACCUGGACAAAGAUGUAUCUGUAUUGCUGACGAAGGUCUUGUCGAAUUUGUUGACGAAACAUUAUGCACAAUUGGACUUUCAGGCGGAACUGCCAGGGCUGAGCUCUUUCAUCGAUCUGUUUAAUGCGUUGUGCGAGCAAUUUUGCGCGAAUUCAUAUGGCGACAACAACUUCGCCGGGACGUUGCUUGUGCCGGUGGCGCAACGGUAUGAUGUACACUAUCGGAAACUAUUAUGGUCGGAACAUGCGGCCACGUUGCAAUACUUGAGAUUAUCACCGUGCCAUUUACUGUUGCCACUGAACGAUUAUUUCUAUCCGGAAGAGGAGGAUGUAUCGCUCAUAAAUAUUUAUAUUACGGCGCUGGUUCGCGAGACGGUUAGCGCACUUGUGUCGGAUUCUAUUCUUGAUCGCGCUACAUCACUCGGCGAUGUAUCUAAAGCGCACGAACAAAUUGGCAGUGCAAAUGCGAACGCAGGUAGAGAAGUUGCGGAACAAAGAUAUUGCGCAUAAGUUGCUAUACUACACACCGUUAAUAUAAGAUAAUAUAAGAUGCAAGAAUGUGAUCUAUAUGUGUAUUAAGUAUGUAUGAAUAUCUUAUUAAAUCUUUGAUAUUAAAUGAAUGAUAUUUAAAUGAA